UCAAUGUUGUGCAAUUUUUCUGUUCAAGUAAACAAUUUGUUAAAAGUUCUCUUCGGCUUCUUUUUUUUUAAUUUUAAACCUAGUCGACUAAUAUCAAAUAGUGUAAAAUGUAUGUUUACGUAUAUUUUAAAAUAUAUGUGUACCUAUAAACUUCAACGAACGAUAUUAUAUUAAUAUUCCAAUUAGUUAAGGAAAUUUGAUUAUCAAUUGUAACGUUGCUACUUAUACAAAAGAUUCACGCGUAAAAUAAACAUCGAGAUUAAUACAGAUCUGUAUAGGUGGAUUUAUCGACCGAGAAUAAUACGUUAGUCAGAGUUGUACGAAUCGAUCAUCCAUCAAGUUCUUUUGCUUUUUUUGAUACCACGGAAUUAUAAGGAAGACGGACCUUUUCAUUUGUCAAUGAUCUUUAUCUUUCAAGUUUGGGCAAACAAUGCAAUACACACGUGAUAUCUUUCUUUUACAAAAUAAUUCUUAUAAAUAUUUCAAGUUUAUUGAUUGGAAUUGCAGUACUGUUAUUUUUGAUCGACGUAUCAAACAUAUCGAUACGUUUGAAGUUCUUCAAAAAACAUGAUCGUAAAAAAACAGUUACUACUAUUGAUUUAUACGUUACAAAUCAUCUGUGUGCUCGGCGAGGACAGUUUAAUUGAUCCGAAAGAAAAUGAGACGAAUAGUUCGAGAAAAAUUGUAUCGUUAGAUCGUAUCGAUUAUUUUACGUCUCCUAAAGUGAACGAUACGUACCCGAAACUAUUCGAUAAUUACUUGAGAAGCGAUCCGUCGACGGAAAAUUUGGAAACCGAAUCAUUUCUGUGUAAUACAACAGAUCAUAAGACGGUACAGAAUUUAACGGUUGAUUUUGUAAGUUCCGAAUGGAUACUUUUAUCCUGGCAACCUCCGUGUGAAAAUCCGAUAAACGAAUCAUUCACUUAUUUAAUUUAUGUAUACUCGAAUGAAAAAUGCUUUCAAACAAAUGAAAAAAAUACACGAUAUAAUGCCAGUAAUUUAGAUCCAUGUACCGAAUACGAAUUUACCGUGAAAGUUGCUCAGAUGCAUUCUGAACUGGAUGGGGUUAAUGUGACGGCUAAAACGAAUUACAACAUUACCGAAAUCGGAGACGUUCAGGAUUUAUUAGUACACACGACCACUAGUACAAUUAAUUUAAGUUGGAGAGCACCAUCGAAAUAUCCAGAAUGUGUACAGAAUUAUUUGCUUACAAUAUGCUCUAACAAUACCUGUGACAGUCAGUAUACAAUACACAAGGAAUAUAUUGCAAAAGAUUUGGUUCCAUGUACGAAGUAUUCUGUUAUAAUUAGAGCUGUUUCGUACAUAGUUAAAUCUGAUGGGCUCAAUAUUACAUUAAAAACAAAUUCACCAAAAUCUAGCAAACCUCGGGACCCGACCGUGGAAGCCAGUGCAACUUCAUUAUUUAUUCAUUGGCAACCACCAGAAGUGGGGUCAAUGUGUAUUACACACUACCGUGUAACUAUUAAUCCGGAAACAACAACAACUAUCUCAACUGAAACAAAUGUAACGAUAAAUAAUUUACGCGCGUGUACUUCUUAUUCUGUUUAUAUUAAUCCAGUAGACCAAGACAAUAACGAUGGAGAUAUGGUCGUUAUAAACACAAAAACAAUACCAAUCGUAUCAAGACCACCGAUAUUAAAUAACAAAGAGUCAUUUGUUACAAUGAACACUAUAAUGCUAUCGUGGAAAAUUGAAAAAGGUAAUAAUAGUUGCAUUUUAACAUCUCUAAGAGCCCUGUGUAAUUAUACAUCGACCGCUGGACACGGUUACGAGAUUACAAAUGGACAAGUUGAAGUACCUAUAAAUUCUGGUAUUCAGGAUGAAUUUCUUUUUAUAAAUUCACUGAUCAAAGAAGUUAGCCCAUUCACAACGUACAUAUGUUGGGCGUAUGUUAUUAACGAAGCAGGCAUUAGCGAAUUAAGCAAAUUAACAAGUUUUACAACAUCCGAAGAUAUACCAUCUUCACCUAUAGCCACUGUUAGAAAUAUAACGUAUUCACAGUUUGAAAUAGCAUGGGAAACACCGACGUAUCUACCAGGAAAUCUACACGAAUUUGAAAUUGCAGUCGAAUGGGAAAUAUGUUUUCCUAUACCUGAUUGGUGUACUCUAAACCCCUCAAACAAUUACAUACAUUUAAAUGGAUCUACGUUUAAUUUUGAAUAUUCUUCAGCAAUACCAUACACAAAUUAUAUAAUAAAAAUGAAAGCAAGAACAACUGCUGGUUGGGGAAACUACAGUGAUAAUAUAGUAUUUCAAACACCAGCUGGAGUUCCAGAAAUGGUUUCCAACUUCUCGUACUUAAUUAAGAACAACAAACACGAUACAAAUACAUUAGAUACUAUUUUACAUUGGGGUUUUCCAUGUUCCGCGAAUGGAAUAAUAGAAUAUUUUAAUGUAUUUGUAAAUGGAACUAGAACCAAUUAUGCUCCAGAUUCUUUUACAAAUAAACGACAUAUUCCGAAUGCCAUUAGCAAAAAUGAUAUAAUUUCAAUUAAUUUAAAAGAACUGAAGGCAGAGUAUAAUUAUACUUUUGAAGUAUCUGUUAAAGUUAAAGGAGUUCAAGAUUUUGGUGAGCCUGCAAGACACACUGUUUUGUAUCCUGCUGGAAUUCCAUCUCAACCUGAUGAAGAUUAUAUUAAAUCUAUAACUAUAGAUCCAUCUAAAGCACAAAGAUCUACUACAUCAGCUACACUUUUACUUCCUUUAUUUCCUGAUAUAAAUGGCGAUGCCGUUUAUUAUUCUAUUAUAGUAUCAAGAAUCGAGCAUAACACUGCAUCAAAUACUAGAUUUAAUUUGACAAAUCAUAGAUGGCCAAAUAUAUCAUCAUGGGCAGAAGCUAUGUUAAAAGAUUUUACAGUACCUUACCAAGCUACCAGAGUAUGGUGGGAUCCCUAUCCUUAUUAUGUUGCUGAUUAUGGUGACAUGAAAGCAGUAAAAUAUACUAUUGGGGAAGAUACAAAUUGUAAAGAAUUUUCUUUAAAUACCAAUAAGAAAGUUUAUUGUAAUGGCCCUCUCAAACCAAAUACAUGGUACCAUGUUAGGAUGCGAGCAUUUACUCAUGGUGGAUACGCUGAUUCUACAACCUUUGUAAUAAAAACCAAUGCUGAAAUAAAUGUUGGACUUGUUACUGGAAUAAUUUUUGGUAUUUUAUUCUUUGGAAUCUUAACAACAAUGAUGUUGUUAGUUCGUAAAUAUUCACCUCAAGUAAUAAUACGGCGAUUUUUACAUCCCGAUAUGUCUGGAUCACCAGUUCCUGCACCAUUUUCAAAAAAAAAAUUUAUGGCCCGUUGCCAACAACUCAUUGAUAAUCCUGGAAAAUUAAGCAAUGAGUUUCAAUUGCUACAAACUCUCAGUGUUGACUUACAAAUGCCAACUAAUACUGCGUGUUUACAAGCGAAUAAAAAGAAAAAUAGAUAUUCUGAUAUACUUCCAUAUGAUUUUUCGAGAGUCAAAUUAGAAGUCAUUGAUAAUGAUCCCAAUACUGAUUACAUUAAUGCAUCCUUUAUUAAAGGAUAUAGCGGAGAAGAUGAAUAUAUAGCUUGUCAAGGUCCAAAAGAAGAAACUACAUUUGAUUUUUGGAGAAUGAUAGAGCAAUAUAAUGUCAAUAUAAUAGUUAUGUUGACUGAAUUAAUUGAAAAAGGCAAAGAAAAAUGUUAUCAAUAUUUUCCAAUAAUUAAAGAAACAUUUAAAUAUGAAAAUAUGACUAUAAGAUGUACAAGUGAGUUAGAAUAUAGGUCUUACACACAAAGAACGCUAGUCUUGCAAAAGGAAAACAAAAAAAGAAAUAUAACACAUUUACAUUUUAAAGAAUGGCCAGACCAUGAUGUUCCAGAAGGUUUUGAUUCCAUGAUUAAUUUUUGUCAAAUUGUACGUCGUAAUGUUUUAGCUAACAAAGGAUAUAUUGUAGUUCACUGCAGUGCAGGAAUUGGUAGAACUGGUACUUUAAUAGCAAUAGAUAUACUUUUACAACAUAUUCGAGAUAAUAGAAAAUUAGAUGUAUUUGGAACAGUAUAUAGAUUACGGCGCCAUAGAAUUAAUAUGGUACAGAAAGAAAGUCAAUAUGCUUACAUAUAUAAUUGCAUAAAACAAGUGUUAAAAAAUCCCUACUGUUUAAAAACUUAUAAACCACCACCUAUGGAUCCAUUUCAUGAAGGUACUUCCAAAAAGAAAUAAGACUGGUAUUCAAAUAUAAAACUAGUCAGUAGCUUUGAGAUGUAUAAUAUAAAGAUAUGUAACAAAAAGUUUAUAUUAUAUGAUUCAAAAAAGA